UAAACAUGUACACGAGCAACUAGAUAGUUGUAAAUAUAUCACAGAUAUGAUUUUACUUGACUCUUAUAUAAAGAGGACCGUGUGCUAUGGUAUUUACUUUUUCGACCAUGUCAAGAUCAGAAGUACAAGUUCGGCUGGCACCAGAAUGUCUGAACGGCGAUGUACAUUAUGAUACGAGUAUUAAUUGUAACCCAUUGACUGUUCAAGAGGUUCAAGAUCUAAUUAAAAAGGCAGUAAGUGAUAACGCAGAGAUAAAGAAAUUCUCCUUUAAAUCCUACUCUGAUGGAAAGCUGGGCUUUCUUGGAUCCUAUCAACAACUCAGUGUAGAUAUUAAAACCGUGAAUGGAAAUGAGAUAUUGUAUUUCUUUGUUAAAAUGGUACCUUAUGAAGUACCAUCUCAAGCGGAAUACGUACUGGACAAACGUGUCUUUCUCAAAGAGAAGAUCUUCUACCGCGACAUAGUUCCUCAACUUUAUCAUGGAUACAAGGGCAAACCAUGGAGUCCAACUUGUUACAUAGUUAAAGAGAAUCUGCUGGUCUUUGAGGAUUUAAGCGUUAAGGGUUAUACACUGAGGGAUAAGUUAUUUGACAAAGAGCUAAUUGUCUCCGGUUUAACAGCCCUCGCCAGGCUACACGCGUGCUCCCUAUUGGCGGAAGCUCGUCUUGGAAUGUCUCUGAAGAAGAUGCAUCCUAGUGCUUUCGUGGAGAACGCUUUCAGUCGUACUGGUAAAACUCGAACGUGGUUCGAUGUUGGUGUUAAAGCCAUUGUUGCUGUGGCUGAACAUCUUGGCCUUGAUGGAAGUAUGAUACCAAAAGCUUGCGAGAAAGUGUUCCCAGCGAUGGAGAUGUCACCUACAAAAAAGAACGUAGUCAGUCAUGGAGAUCUAUGGGGGAAUAAUCUAAUGUUUAGCAACAGUGAACCUCUACAGUGUGUACUGAUAGAUUUCCAAUUGUUGAGGUAUGCUCCUCUGGCACACGACGUCACACAAUUCUUGUACCUCUGCACAGAGCGUAACUUUAGAUCGACUUGGGAGGAAACCAUGUUAAAGUAUUAUUAUAGUGUCUUGUGUGAGACUUUGAAAUCCUCGAAGACCACUAUGGAGAUCCCUUCGUGGUCGGAAUUGAUCCAAGGAGUAGAAGAACAACGAUUGGGUGCAUCGAUCACAGCUAAUUUGUAUUUUCAGACGGUGCUGAUGGAUAAACAUUUGAGUGCAGAGAUUCUCGAUGAUCCUGACAGUUAUCAUGAGUUCGAAUUUAAAACCAGGAGUGAAAUAAUACUUAAAACUAUGAAAAUUGAUCCAGUAUAUAAUAGAAGAAUAGCAGAUGCUGUUAAAGAACUGGUUGAAUUUAGUUUUCGAUUAGAUCAAUUACCUAAACCCAUGUAACAUUAAAUAAGUUUAGGUAUUUUCAUGUUAAAAAUGAAUAUUUAAUAUAAAUUGCACGGCGCUUUGUAUUGUAUAAUAUUUAUAUAUAAAUGUAGACAC